CACAACGGCGGAAGGAUUCGAGGGCCGUUGAGGGCGAGGCUCGGUCUCCGGGGAGCGCUCAAGAACGCGCCCUCGGGGACUGCGGACUCUGAUUUCUUAGCUGCCGCGCGAGUAGAAGAGACGAGGCCCAGCGCGUCGCCGAAGCAUUUGUUGGUGGGCGAGCAGCAGCAGCGAGCCCCUCGUUGUCGUCGUCGGCGUCGUCGCGAGAGAGAGAGAGAGAGAGAGAGAGAGAGUUGUAGAGAGAGUUGGUUAUGCGGACGAGAAGCCGUGUCGAGCGAGGCUCGCAGACCGUUAUGCCGUGGCAGCAGAUGCAGUGGAGGAAUUUGCUCUUCGCAUUGCUCAGCGAGAUUUCCGCGACUUUGCUGCAACUGGACCUCGAUAUUUGACGCUCCCUCGUCUUCGUUCUGACGCGUGCGUGGACUAUGGCGGGGCUCCGGUCAGAUCGACUGUGAGGCAUUUCCGUUCUAUGAGGUGAGGCGGCUCGGUGAUCCAAGACGAAGGCGAUUUUGCUCCGAGCCCGCCCUUUGGGCAAUGGGUGGAGAGUCGAUCGAUCAGUCUUGAAAAUAGCUGUGCUCGACUCAAGGGAAGCCCACGGAGAGUUUUUCGUCAGGCAAUAUUGGUAGAGAAGGUGUUUCCGUCGUAUCUGAAGGAUUGGGUGGAUAUUGGGGGAAGAGAAUUCUGGCACCUGUACUUGGUUCACCCAGUUCUUCCUGUACGUGAAGCACAUUUGACAACGUAGUGGGACAGUGAUCAGUGAACUCUUGUAGUCGGAUACGUUCCGGAAAUUCUCUGAUGAGAUUCCAAAUAAGAUCUAAGAGUGCUUCUGGUAGCGAAUCUUCUCCAAAGGCAAUCUUCUUGCAAAAGAGACUCCUGCGGUGAUAUAUUCAAGCAGCGCAGACAUGUCAUCAUCAGCACCGGUCAUAGGCACUCCUGUAGGGAGUCCUAAACAUGGGACAAAGCCGGAAGAUUUCCAGCAUCCUCAGCAGGAACAGCUACCCGGCAUCAAGUACUCGGUUAACGACAAUCCUCCUUGGCCGGAGACGAUUCUGUUGGCGUUCCAGCACUAUCUCACCAUGCUUGGCUCUACGGUCAUGAUCCCAAGCCUACUAGUUCCAAUGAUGGGUGGAAAUAACGUAGACAAGGCAAAAGUGAUACAAACACUAUUAUUUGUUUCCGGACUCAACACUUUGCUUCAGACCACGUUUGGAACAAGGUUGCCUUCAGUCGUUGGCGGGUCAUUUGCUUUUAUUAUACCUACCGUGACCGUCAUCCAUUCUCCGAAACUGAUGGCAAUUCAAGACAACCAGCUGAGGUUCAUGCAUAGUAUGCGUGCGAUUCAAGGAGCUCUUAUAUCUGCAUCAAGUUUGCAUAUCGUUCUUGGUUUUAGUGGACUCUGGGGUAUCAUGACCAGAUACGUCAGUCCAAUUGUAAUCGCACCGACCAUAUGCAUGGUUGGUCUCGGACUCUAUGAGUAUGGUUUUCCGGGGGUCGGAAAAUGUGUGGAGAUCGGCAUUCCUACUAUCUUCAUCAUUGUCAUCUUUUCCCAGUUUCUGAAGCAUAUAAGAGUGCGCGACAUUCCUAUUUUCGAGUUGUACCCUAUCAUACUGGGGGUAGCUGUUACAUGGGCAUACGCCCAUUUGUUGACCGUAAGUGGAGCGUAUACUCAUGCCACUCCUAUGGGUCAACGUCAUUGCCGUACAGACCGUGCACACAUAAUUGGUUCUGCUCCUUGGAUACGCAUACCUUGGCCGCUGCAAUGGGGUGCUCCAACUUUUGAUGCUGGACACACCUUUGGAAUGAUGGCGGGUGCUCUUGCUGCUCUCGUUGAGUCAACAGGUGACUUCUACGCUUUAUCACGGCUUUGUGGUGCAACUCCUCCCCCGCCAUACGUGGUCAGUCGUGGAAUAGGUUGGGAGGGUCUGGGGAUUUUAAUGGAUGGAAUGUUUGGAACAACAAUUGGAUCGGCAGUUUCUGCGGAGAACAUGGGAAUAAUUGGAGUUACCAAGGUUGGGAGCAGGCGAGUCGUGCAAAUUUCAGCUGGAUUUAUGCUCUUUUUCUCCUUGUUGGGGAAGUUUGGCGGGAUUUUUGCAUCUAUACCCGAACCGAUGAUUUCAGGGGUCUUCUGCGUAAUGUUCGGAAUUAUAGCGGCGAUCGGUAUAUCAAGCCUACAAUUCGCGAACAUGAAUUCGUCGAGGAAUAUCUUCAUCAUCGGUUUUGCCCUUUUCAUGGGACUGUCUGUCCCACGGUAUUUCAGCGAAUAUGAAACCGCUUCGGGUCACGGUCCCGCCCAUACACAUGCACGUUGGUUCAACGACAUCAUGAAUACUAUGUUUGCGUCCGGAACAACAGUGGUGGUCGUUAUUACAGUUGUAUUGGACAACACCAUGAAAGCCUCGAGAAAGGAUAGGGGACUUCUCUGGUGGGAUAAGUUUCGUGCUUUUGGAGCGGAUUCUCGAAAUCUGGAGUUUUACAAGUUGCCUCUCGGCUUAAACAAGUUCUUCCCGCCACCAGUUUAGUACCAAAAACCCUUAAACGUGCUCAAAUGUACUCUUGUACGCUCACACUUGUUUGUUGUCAGCUUACAUGUGCAGGCUUACGUUCUGUUCUAGUUGAAGUCUUGAACUUGCAGCGUACUGUACUUAGCAUCAGGAAAUAUCUUUGGCAGGAAUAGUUCAAAGGAAGUCUCAAUUUCGUCAUUAGAUACAUUUGUAUAAUGAACAUCGAGAUGGAGGGAGACGAAACAAAAUGGUUGCAGCAUUAGACCCACACUGACUCUUAUUACUGAACUACCAGAUACAGGGAAAUAUAAAUGUGGUCGGAGAUUCUGAAUCUGAUUCAGAUAGACCUGCUUGUUUCACAUUUCAAUGAAACAGGUGUAGACUUUCAAUUCCGAAGACAGCGAGCUCAUGCAGUUUUCAAAUAGAGCAGAUUGACAGCAUAUAAUGUUCUAAUUACUGUCAAUCUAGCGAAUCUACUUUUAGUGGUACCUCAAAGCUUUGAGGAGACAAGAAAUCCAGAUUUGAUUUCAACCCCAGGAUAAUUAUCAUCCCUGAAUUUGGUUGCAAUUGUUGAACAAACGAUAUGAUAUCAUGGAAUAGAUCUUCGAACUGUAUUGAAUUA